GGCGGAGUCGGGGUGGUAGUGAGUCGCCUAAGUAAUUCCGGAGCAAGUACGUUGCCUUGGUAGUCACAUGACAGGCAAGUAUGGCGCACCAACCGCUUCGUUUGUCACCACUACACUCUACAUGAAGCGGCGUGUCGUCCGACUUGUUCUUACACACACACAUAUAUAGACGUAAAUAUGUAUAUACAGGUUCUUUUCCCUCUCGUCUGCUUACCUUAUGGAUUUAUCACUCAUAUUGGAUCAGAGGAAUAUAAACAUUGACACAAUCAGCCAACCAGUAAAUCAAUCAAUCACAACAUAAAUAAUGUAUAAACGAGGAAAUUUCUAGGGGAGAAAAUCAUUGAAUUUUACCUGUGAAACGCACACCAACAUUUUUCAAAGAAAAAUAAAAAAUAAAAAUCUCUGACACAGCCAGAAAUAUGUCUGAAGAAGUGUCAUGGCUGGAUUUGUUAAAAAGUGCCCCUGCCUCCGACCUCCGACUGAGGAGAUCUAUGUAUUGGAUUACAGACAUAGCAACUUAUCAGACUUACCUAAUGAAGUGUUCAAUCUUGAACGCACUUUACAAGAACUCUACGCCGAUAACAACCAGAUCCGGGAGUUAACACGCGAAUUAUUUUAUUGCCAUGGUCUUCAGAAACUGUGUCUUUCUGACAAUGAAAUCACCACCAUUCCUCCAGCUAUUGGCAGUUUGAUUAACUUGGAUGUUUUGGACAUCAGCAAAAAUGGUAUCAUCGAUCUUCCUGAUAACAUCAAGGCCUGCAAACACCUCAGGUCACUUGAAGCAAGUGUUAACCCUCUUGGCAAGUUACCUGAUGGUAUUACACAACUGCUCAACCUGAGAGAACUUUACUUGAAUGACACCUUUUUGGAUUUCCUCCCAGGAAACUUUGGCAGGCUUACCAAACUGAAAGUUCUGGAACUUAGAGAAAACCAUUUGAAAACCCUGCCAAAGUCUUUCUCUCGUCUUGUUGAGUUAGAACGGUUAGACAUUGGCAAUAAUUCGUUAACAGAACUUUCUGAUGUCAUUGGUGGAUUGGUCAGUCUGCUGGAAUUAUGGUGUGACCAGAAUAAAAUAUUUACCAUCUCCUCGCUCAUUGGUAAUUUGAAGCAGUUAAUGUUCUUCGAUGCCUCAAAAAACCAACUGGACACAUUGCCAAAUGAAAUUGAAGGAUGUACUUCUCUGGCCGACCUUUAUUUGACCAGUAAUAACAUCAAGUUCCUGCCAGAUUCUAUUGGACAAUUGAUCAACCUGACCACUCUGAAGAUCGACGACAAUAUGUUGACCUCCCUACCUGCUUCUGUUGGCAACCUGUCUUCGUUGUCCGAAAUAAAUGUCAGCAUCAAUGACCUUGAGGACAUUCCAUCGACCAUCGGUCUACUCAGGAACCUCCGAACUAUGUAUGCUGAUGAGAACUUUCUCAAGAAAAUACCUCCAGAGAUUGGUAGCUGUAACGGUAUAACAGUGCUGUCUUUGAGAAGUAAUAAGUUGAAGUACAUUCCUGAUGAGAUUGGUCGCAUUCCUCAUUUACGGGUUCUGAAUCUCAGUGAUAAUCAGCUGAAACAUCUACCCUUCAGCAUUGUUAAACUAAAGGAAUUACAAGCUCUGUGGCUCACAGAGAACCAGACAAGGCCACUGGUUCAGUUACAGUCAGACAAGGACCCCAAAACAGGUCGUAAGAUUUUGACAUGUUAUCUAUUUCCACAGAGAUCAGAGAAGAACCAAGAUUCUUCUAAUGAUGCAGCAAGCUUCCAUGCUUCACUCUGGGAGGAGGAACGAUUGCGACGGCAACAGAUUCACUUUGCUGUUGGAGAUGACAAAGAUGAGGAUGGCAAACUCAGUCGCUGCCCAACACCUUAUCCGAAAGAAAUGAAGGAGAAGAAAAGGCAUGUUCAGAAUAUGAUGACUCACCAACAAUUGGCCGCCAAUGGACAUGAAAACAGAGGCUUUGAACAAGAGGAUAAAAAGCUAAACAGAAGCAAUCAUUUGAGAAGUGAUCAAAAGUCUUUGAAACCUUUGGAUGAAAAAACAGCAGGUUCUGUGUCUGAAAAUUUUGAACUACGUACUGGUUCUGUUGAGAACGUUUCUGCUGAGUCAUCUCGACCAUCACGAUGCCACUCUCAUUAUCAUUCAGACUCCAACUAUAACCAAAAUGAUGCAGGAGUGAAAGCAGCUCAUUCUUAUUCCAGCAUUCACAUUGCAUCUGACCAAAGUUUGGAACAGACUUAUUCUCAUCGCUCAAAAGAACUCGGAUCACCUGCACGUUCUCAUUACAAAGAUCCCUCUUUGAAAGACCAAAAUAGCCCUUCUGGUAUUGUUCCUUGUCAAAGCAGUCCCAGUCGUGUAAAGGGCUCACAUAACCCCUUAUAUCCUCAUCAGCGUUAUUUGGUAUAUUCACCACAGGGGAGCAAGCCAUGUCAUAAAUCUCGAGGUUAUGAUUCGGACACUGGUUACCGUAGCGAUCAGGAACAUCUUCGUUAUAAAUACCUUCAAAGUUUGACCAUCUCUCCUCAACAUUCUAACAAAACAGACAGAAGUUCCGAUAUAUUGACACCAUUGAGUCCUUAUAAACAUUGGCCUAAACCAUCACGAAGAGAUGGUUAUGGCAGUGAUGUUGAGAGUUACAGAGGUAUGAGUCAAACCUCUGUAGGUUAUUCCCCACUUAAAGAUCAACAUUCCUCACAGAGUGUGCCGUUUGGACUUCAUUCCAAGCCUUCAUCAGGAGAAUCACAUUACCAGGCAGUAGGAGAACGUCCUCUUUUCGGAGAUGAAUUUUACAAUUACAAAAAAGAACCAUCAAGGAUUGGUUUAAAACAUAGGAACUAUUCACCUUUAACUGUUUCAGCUAGUUUUAAUGAAAAAAUGCUUGACCAGAGUACACCAAAUUUUUCUAAUCCCCCACAUAGUUUCUCUCAGUUUUUAGACCAACAGCAAGUAGAGGAUGCCAAGUUAAAGAGUUCCAAACAGUCACUCUCUAAACAGGAAGAAGUAAGGUGGAAAUCUUCCAAGCAAUCUCUUUCUCAACAAGAGGAAAAUAAAUGGAAAACUUCCAAACAUUCUCUUUCACAACAGGAGGAAAUCUAUGCAGUGUUAGAAAAUAAGACAUUAUCAAUAGCACAUAAGCAGGAAAGCAGUGUACGGAGUAACAGCAAUGUUUCAGAGAAGACACGGCCUAGUGCUCCCCCUUCUUAUCACCAACACAGCCCUCUCUACAGUUCAACUGCUGCUCUACAUUGGCAGCAGCAGCAGCAGCAACAGCAACAGCAUUAUCAAUAUCAUCAUCAUCCUCAUCAGAAACAGCCAUCACAAACCCCUCUACAGAAACUUCAGAACGAUCCCUCUCCAUUAACAUCUCCAUCUCAUUCAUCUAACAAUUUUUCAUCAGAAAACCCUUAUGGUUACAUAUCUCACAGUUCACCUUCAAACAAAUCAAUGCAACAUUCCUCCCCCAUUUAUGAUUAUACUAAUUACACACCUGGUUCCCCCAGUUACCGUAGCGGUUCCAACAGCCCGUCAGCCUACGGUCAAAAACAGUUUUACCGGCCCGGCAAAACAAACAGUUGCCGAACGCCCGACAUGGCCAAGGGGAAUAACUCCGAUUGUUUCCCAUCUGGACUAGACUCGCCUCGCGGUUCAACGUCUUCCCGAAGUGACGGAGGAGGUAGUGUCAGUGCGGGUAGCGGAUCAAGGAACCUGCGCUACGAACCCCACCGUCUUUCCCCAUUGUAUACCAACCCAGCUUCACACCUACAGCCAUCGAUUUCACACUACGAGGACGUGGCCAUUUUCAAAAGCGUGGAACCCUCAACUAGUUCUACAGAUAGCGGUUACGGUCACGUUUAUGAGAAAGUAGAGACACACAUCCAGCGUCAAGUUCUUGUCAGUCAGACGAAUAACAAAACUGCCUCCCAAAGGAAUUCCUAUCAAGUGAACCCCAAUGAAGAUGAUGGGCUUUCUUGCACCCCGUCAAUUAGUGAAAUCUCAAGCCCAACACCCUCAAGAGAAGUGACCCCAAGUAGAUGUGUUGAGACUGUUUAUCGUCAGCAACAACAGCAGCACCAACAACAACAACAUCGCCAGCAGCAACAACAAAAAUCUGAAGAGUUUUUAGAUUCCAAAAGACAAAAUCUGAUCCAAGUGUCCAUUAACAAAAAUCCUGGAUUAGGAUUUAGUAUAGCUGGUGGUAUUGGAUCUUAUGGCAACCCUUUCAAGCCAGAUGACAUUGGUAUCUUCAUCACUAAAGUCCAGCCUGAAGGUCCAGCACUGAACACCCUUUUCCCUGGAGACAAGAUUCUAAAAGUGAAUGGCGUCGACUUCAGCAACAUUGAACACACCAGAGCUGUUGACAUUUUAAGGAACAGCAACCCUGUUAUGUUGUUGGUAGAACGAAGCUGAAAGCAGUAACACUGAAGGCCACGGCCACAAUUCUGUCAUCAACACUUAAAGCAUUGUCGAUUGGGAGCUGAGCGGAAUAGCUCAGUGUUGGAGCUACCAGGCUAGUCCAAAUUUAUUGAAGAGAGAGUUUAAUAUACAGAACCCUACUGGUUCAAGCAUUGGUUCUAUGUUUGAGCUCUUUAAGGGCCAGUGAAGAGAACUGUGGAGUUUUGUUAGUGAAAGUUCUAACCUUUCUAAGCACCAGUGAAAAUGUAGGAGUUUUGCUGAUCUGACUUGGAAACUUGCCACGGUUGGUUGGUUGAUUGGCUGGCUUGCUGGCUGGCCACUUAAGGAAAGGCUUUAUGAGGUUUCAGAUCUUCACUGUUACAAACCCAGUCACGGUUCAUUAACCAAACCAUAUAUUCCACCAAUGUCAUUUUGAUAAAACACCAAAUAAAUAGUAGAGAAUAUGCUCAAUUUUGAUUGGAUAAUUUAAUAUAGUUAGCAGCCAAUCAUAAGUGACUAGGGUUUAUCACUGUUUUUCAACAACAGCAAUAAAACAUGAAACUGAUGAUUAACUGUAAUAUAUCUAGAGGAAUCGAUCUGUGAUUUGUGCAUCAAAUCAUUCAACUAACCUCCAACACAUUGGAUAAUGUAGUCCAAGGUACAUUUCAUAAUGUAGUCUUAAGUACACUAUGUCUUAUGUCUGAAAACUAAGAUACAUCAGGUUGGUCAUAAUUGGAAUGUCUUUGAUCAUAGGGUUGAUUGGAGAUUAACCCUUCAGCAUUCAGAUUUCUCUUUUAAAUGUCAUUCUGAUUUUAUAUUGUUUUGGAUUAAUCUCUUAGUUUCAAGAUUUCACUGUCAUUAUGAGCUGGCAGAACUGUUAAUGUGUUGGACAAAAUACUUUGCAAUAUUUCUUCCAGUUCAUUAUGUUUUGAGUUCAAAUUGCACUGAGAUAGGUACCAGCUGAAUAUGGGGUUUGAUGUAAUCAACUUCCUCUUCCCCUCAGAAUUGCUGGCAUGGAACCAAAAUUAAAAAAAAAUAUUAUUAUUACUAUUGUUAUUAUUAUUAUUAUUAUUCAUAUACACACAACAGAUUAGACUGUUGGAGAAGAAAACUUCCUAACAUCAAGCUACGACAAGUAACCUUAGAUGUCAAGAACCUUCCUAAGUAUACUAGCUGUCCCUAUUAUUAUUAUUAUUAUUGAGUGAGAGAGUUGCGCAUACCAUCAAAGUGACAGUAGUUGUGAAGCAGUGAGCUGGCAGAAUCAUUACUGCAUUAGGCAAAAUUCUUAGUGGCAUUUCUUUCAGUUUUUUGUUCUGAGUUCAAAUUCUGCCAAGGUCAACUUUGCCUUUCUUCCUUUCUGGGUUGAUGAAAUAAGUACUCAUGAGGCACUGGGAUUAAUAUAAUCAACUAGCUCCCUCUCCCGAAAUUAUAGGCUGUGUGACUCUAGUAGAAAGGAUUAUUAUCAUCAUAAUAAUAAUCAUCAUCAUCAUCAUCCAGAGUAGUGAAGUAGCAAAAUUGUUAGAGCUUCAGAAAAAAAUGCCUUGUGGUAUUUCUUCUGACUUUUUACAUUCUGAGUUCAAAUCCCACCGAGGCCAACUUAGUCUUUCAUCUUUCCAGGUAUCAAUAAAACAAGUCCCAGUCAAGUACUGGUAUUGUCAAGUAUCUCAGGGUCACAAGCAUUUCAUCACCUUAACCUGUAUGCUUCACCUGUGUGGGGCAGUGAGGACCGCAUUAGCUUUGCCUGCAGAAAAGGGUUCCUUCUGUGGUCCCUUGUCAACCACAACAACCUUCAACUGGUUUCAGCUGCCAUUCCUAUCUCUUUAGUAGCUUUCUUCAGUUGUCAGAGUUCCAAACCAAUCUUCUGCAGGAAAUAGUGCACUGAUGCAACCAGAAAAUUGCAGCAGCUGAUUUCUGUAGGGAAUGAGGCCAUAUGCCAUUCCUUGAUAGGGGCCUCAUUGACCAACUCCUGAUAUUCAUUUUUUUUAGCUACUGAGAAAUAUUAUUCACUGUUAGUAUUUACCAAUAGGAAAGCUAUGAAUAUGUACAAAAGACUUACACUGACUGUAUAAAUUUGAGGCUUCAUACCUAGGCAAAGGAAUUCUGUCUAGAUAUCAGGAAUCAUUUGAAAGUGUUAGAGAAAUCGGAGAGGUUAUAAACUUGUGUCUAUAACUUUUUGCUGUUGAGUUUCUUCUUCACGGAAUCUCUUCUUUCUAUAGGCAAUAUGUGUAUAAACAGCACAUUUACUCCAAUGACAUCAGCAGACUAUCAAACUCUAGUGUUUCAGUAUUGUUGUGCCUUUUCAGUGAUAGACACUGCUUGAAACUUCAGAGCUAGGUAGGAACAGUUGUACUCAUCUAGUUUCAGAGUUCUGAAGGAUGCUAUUCCCUGAGGGCUUAGAGCCAUGCCAAAACAUUAUUGGUUGAUGGUCUGCUGGUAUCAUUGAAGCAGGUGUGUUGCUUAUAUUGUCUAUAGUGAGAAGCCAUUCUCUGAAGAUGAAAUCCAGCAGCAAAAGCCAUGUUCAUGUUCUGCUGGAGUGUGUUAAGAACGGAUAUACAUGUGAUUGUAGGUUGCUGUUGUUUAGCUCUGACUCACCAUUGACUGAAGGGAACUAUGAGCAAAGACAUUUCAACCAUGACCAUCCCAUCUUUUAUUUCAGACUAUGUGUACCUAAGACUACAUUAUCAAAUGUGUACUUUGUUGUUUCUUUUUUCUUUUCUUAAGAGUAUAGAAUUUGAUUUGAGGUAGAUUUGGCUGCUAUUCUUAGCAGUCAGAGAAAACACAUACUUAAUUCCUCAUAUUGUUGUUAUUGCUGCUGCUCUCUCUUUUCUGGAAAGGUAUGAAGGCCACACAAUCCCUCUUCCUUUAUAACAAAAUCUUUAUGUGACUUAUUACUUUGAUGUUCUUGUUUACCUGAUUGCCAUUCGUGACUCAUUACUUCAUGACUUGUGCCCUUUCCUCCUCAGAAAAAGUAGUAAAUAAUGUCUGUACACAUUGUGUGUGUACGUGUCUGAACCUAUGCAUAUAUAUAUAUAUAUAUAUAUAUAGACACACGCUUGAUCAAAAGACACAGUCUGUGAUGUUAAGAAACUAAAUUAUUGACCAUAUGAUCAUGAUAUGACCAGAAUUGUAUGGUGCCUUUAGAGGCAUCACAUUUAAUUUCACACAGCCAUAAGUAAAAAGGACAAAUUCCAUGUUUAUUGGGUUGCAGUAAGAACACGUGGAAGUGGGUAGAGAAACAGAUGUAUAUAUAUAUAUGUGCGUGUGUGAGAGAGAGAGAGAGAAAGAGAUAAAAGAAAGCACCUAGUACAUUCUGUAAACUGGUUGAUAUCAACAAGGGCAUCCAGCCAUAGAAACCAUGGCAAAAUAGACACUGGAGCUCGAUGCAGCUUUACUCCUCACUGGAUCAUGUCAAACCAAACAACUCAUGCUAACAUGGAAAACGGAUGUUAAAUCAUGAUGAAACAUAUGCAUAUGUACAAACACACACACACAUAUGUAUAGAGUGUCUAUUUACUUUCAAAAUGUGUGUAUGUGUAUGUUCAUAUAUUUCUCAAAAGCUUUAAAGUUACUGAACUGGUCUUCUGAUUGAAACCGGAACUUCUGUAAUGAAAUAUAAAUUUAUAGUUUCUGUGAGAAGACACAAGUUUUUAAGAUCCAUAUGGGAUGUUGUGAUACUCAUACCUUUCCGAAAAGAAGUUAUAGAUGAGACUCAAACUGAGGUGUUACAAUAUAACCACAUAUAUUAAUAUCUUCAAAUUUUGGCUCACGGUCAGCUGUUUUGAGGGAAGGGGAUGAGUUGAUAACAUCAUGCCUGAUACUUGAUUCGUACUUUAUUUUAUCGAUCCCAAAAGAAUGAAAGGCAAAAAUUGACCCCUGCAGGAUUUGAACUCAAAAUGUAAAAAAAUCAGAAGAAAUCUCAUUAAGCAUCGUUAGUGUGUUGGAGAGACACUUUACAGCAUUUCUUCAGGCUCUUUAUAUUCCGAGUUCAAAUUCUGGCAAGGUCAGCUUUGCCUUUCGUCCUUUUGGGGUUGAUGAAAUAAAGCACCAGUGAAGUAUUGAUGAAUGCAUGUUUGCACUCUUGAUUGCAUGAUUGUGGUUUGGAUUCCUGGACUGGGCAGUUUUUGUGUUCUUAAGCAAAAUACUUCCUUUUCUGUUGCUCCAGUCCACUCAGCUGUAAAUGACUGUGACAGACUGGUGCCCUAUUUAGUGAGAAUGUUAUGAUCAUGGAAACUGAGUAACUGCCCUGAUGAGUCCGGGGUUUGAUGAAUAUACUGAAGUACUGGGCUCAAUGUAAUUGACUUAACCCCUCCCUCUAAACUUUCUGGCCUUGCUCCAAAAUUUGAAAGCAAUAUUAAACACAUAUGUAAUAAAUGAAAUAUGUUACUCUUUGUAAUGUGGUUGUUGAAUGGACAAAACCAGCAAAGUGCUGAGCAGAUUGUUUAGUCUUGCUGAAGACACAACCACCUCUCUGGUGUUGGUACAACACUAAAAUGUACCCAGAGUAUUCUGUAAAGUGGUUGGUAUUAUGAAGGGUACCUAGCUAUAGAAAACAUGCCAAAAUGGGACAUACAAGCAAGCUAUGAUCCUGACCUUUUAAGACAGGAGUAACAUUUAAAAGCUAUCUUGAUCCAUGACAACUCAUCGGAUCCAUGCCAACAUGAGAAAAACAAACAUAAAAGUGAUGAUGAUGAUGAUAAAAGUUAUUUGUGUAUUUUAAUUUUUUUUUUUUUUUAAUUCAAUCUAUAUGGUUGUGGUACUAUCAUUUGUAAUCCAAAUGUGGUAAAUUCAACUGGUGCUGCAGGUCUAACACUUAUUUACUUACCAGACUUUGUGCCUAAUUAACAAAUCUCCAAUGGCUGAUGUGUGUUGUGUGUAAAACAUUUGUGUGCAGUAGGAUGAGCUCAUGUCUGCAGCAAGGGGCUAGGGGAAGAGAAGUUGUGGGGAAACUGAGGAGGAAAUUCUUUGUUGGGGUUUGAAAUCCCUUGGGAAGUAGAAUUAUAUUUUAGGGGUUCAACUGCUGGAAGUUUAUUUUAUUUAACCCAUAAAUGUCGACAAAGGUUCAAAUUACUGUCAGUUUUUAUAUAAAUCUGAAAAAGAAAAAAUAAAUUUUUUUAAAAAAAUUCUUAAAUGCUAAAGAAAUAAAAAUGAUUAUCAAAACACAAUGAUUAAGCAUUGUUGCUAUACAGCUAUGUGUAUCAUGUGUGUGUGUGUGUGUAUAAUGGUGUGUGUAUACGUGUGAGUGUACAAAUGAAAGAAAAGAGCAAUUAAUGCAUCGUGUAGAGUUUAUACUUGUAGUGGUGGUGGGAUAGUUGGUGGUUCACACUGCACAUACUCAGAGUUUCAUAGGCAGAUAUUUUCUCUCUCUGAUCAAUCAGUUUUAUUGAUAUUCAGUCAAUUAAUUAUGUGCUUUUGUGUCAAUGAAACUCUGAGUAUUGAGUAGCAGGGUGAGUUACCAAUUGCCCAUUGGCACAUACAAGGUGGGGGUAUAUAUGUGUGUGUAUAUACACACACUCAUGCUAGCUGUUAAAAGGUAAUUAUAUGUGUGUGUGUGUAUAUAUAUAUAUAUAUAUAUAUAUGGAUCUGAAUAUAUGUGUAUAUAUAUGCAUAUGGAUGUGUGUGUAUAUAUGUAUAUUAUAUAUUUUCAUAUAUAUAUAUGGUAUUUGUGCUUGUAUAUACACACAUAUAUAUAGUAAUUGUGUAUGUAUAUAUAUAUAUGUAUAGUGUUUGUGUAUGUAUAUAUAUAUAUAUAUAUAUAUAUAAAUUGCGUGUGUUUAUAUAUAUAUAUAAACUUUGUACAUAUAUAUAGUAAUUGUGUAUGUGUGUGUGUAUAUAUAUAUAUAUGUAUGUAUAUAGAUAGAAUUUGUACAUAUAUAUUAAUACAUGUAUUCCAGUGCGUGUGUGUAUACAUAUAUAUAUAUAUAUAUAUAUAUAUAUAUAUAUAUAUAUAUAUAUAUAUGUAUAUAUACACACACACAUGCGCACGUGUGUGUGUGUGUAGCAUUUGUACAUAUAUACAUUUGUAGUAUUUGUAUAUAUACAUAUAUAGUAUAUGUGUGUGUAUGUAUACAUAUAUAUAAUGUGUGUAUAUAUAUGUAUGCAUAUACACAUAUAUUGUUUAUAGUUUUCUUCUUUAAAUUUUGUUUUCCACUUUGGUUGUGUUUGUGGAAUGAAGGUGAUAUUAUAAAUGAACGGAUUUAACAAACAACUGCUUAAUGAAACAACAUUCUCUCUGUCUGUCUCCCUCUCUCCCCCUUCUUAAAACUAUUUGAAUAACUGAUAUAUUAUGCAAUCAUUGUGGUGAAAUGGUUUCUUUUAAUGAGUAUUUAUAUAUAUAUAUAUAUGUGUGUGUGUGUGUGUGUGUGUAUGUGUGCGUGUAUAUAUAUAUAUAUAUAUACAUACACACUUAUAUAUGCACACGCAUAUAUAUAUAU